CCGAGACGUAUAAACUCUGUUCCCGUUUCAUUACAAACUUAACCCUGGUUACAUUUUAACCCAAGCUUGGUUUAUUUAAAGAAAAUAAAGUGUGAAACCAACUUGUUCAUAUUGAAACAAAGAACCCCCCUCUCUCUCUUCUCUCUCGCUCUCUGUAAAUAUAGAUUACCAUUUUCUUCUAAAUAGCCCAACAAAAAGCUUCUCCUUUUCGGAAUUCUUCUAAAGUCUCAUCUUUUCUUUAUGGGUUUCAACUGAAAGAAGCUGAAUUGUGUUUAGAACAUUGCUGUAAUGAAAAUUUAGCAGCACGUAAUUAUAAAAUUCCAGAAGACUUUAUAAGUUUAUUGUUGGUAUCAUGAAGAGACUUAGCAGCUCAGACUCAAUGUGUGGUCUAAUCUCCAAUUCUACAGAUGAGCAGAGUCCGAGAGGGUACGCAAGUAAUUUCCAAUCUAUGCUUGAUGGUUACGAAGAAGAAGGUACAACAGUCGAGGAAUAUUCCGGCAACAUCCACCACAUGGGUCUAUCGGAGAAGAAGAGAAGGUUACGCGUUGACCAAGUCAAAGCUCUUGAGAAGAAUUUCGAGCUUGAGAACAAACUCGAGCCUGAGAGGAAAACGAAACUAGCACAAGAGCUUGGGCUUCAACCUCGUCAAGUAGCGGUUUGGUUUCAGAACCGCCGUGCACGGUGGAAGACAAAACAGCUCGAAAAAGAUUACGGCGUUCUUAAGAGCCAAUACGACUCUCUCCGCCAUAAUUUCGAUUCCCUCCGCCGCGAUAACGAUUCACUUCUCCAAGAGAUUACUAGAAUCAAAGCUAAGAUAAACGGAGAAGAAGAUAACACCAACAAGGCUACGACGGAGAGUGAAAUCUCCGCCGUGAAGGAAGAGUUAGUUUCACUGCCGGAAAAACUAUUUCACAAAACGGAUCCGAUUCCUUCAUCUCCUCCUCAGUUUCUAGAACACUCCACGGGUUUUGAUUACCGGCGAAGCUUCACCGAUCUCCGUGACAUCCUACCGAAUUCCACCGCUGUCGACGCUGGAUCUUCCGACAGUUGCGAUUCAAGCGCCGUUAUGAAUGAAGAAACCAGCUCCGAUUAUGGAAGAUUGACGCCGCCGACGACGGUUACCGGCGGUAACUUCUUACAGUUCGUGAAAACAGAGCAGACGGAGGAUCACGACGAUUUUCUGAGCGGUGAAGAAGCUUGUGGUUUCUUCUCCGACGAGCAACCACCUUCUCUUCAUUGGUACUCCGCCUCGGAUCACUGGACAUGAGAAUCGUUGAUCGGAGUGAUCGAUUUAUUGUGCUCUGUUAUUUCUCUAUGUGGGAAACAGAACGGAGGGUAAAACUGGAAUAAUUGAAAAUAAGGAAUUAAGGAUUAAGGAGUAGUUCAUUGGGCUUAAACUGUAAUUAUGCUUUCCCUCGUGUAAUUAACGAUGGCGAGAGGGGUUUUCACAGAUAUGAAGGACACAUGAAAGUAAUACAGCUAAGGUUGACCCCUCUAGUCCAAAUUGUAUUCUAAUUUUUACCCCUAAACAUUUAAAUUGACUAAGAUCACCUUAUACGGUUUUACCCCUCUAUACGCUAUAAAUUAAAUAGCUUUUAGUUUGCAAUUGAAGGAAGAACUGAAAUUUAAUUUAUGAAAGGAAUUAAAAUGGGAUAUCAUAAGCGAAUUUUAAAUAAGGACAUUCUAUGUCUUUUUGUUACUGUAGUUAUGUACUUGAAAAUAUAUGUCUAAUCAAAUAAUCAUCACUAGAUUUUAU